AUGAAGACGGCGCUGGAUGCAUCGGCUGUACUGUCUUUGGUGCAAGGUUCUCUCAGGAGACGUAACACCAUGUUGUGGCCUCUUCACUUCCGGAGGAUGAACAAGACGCUGGAACAGCUUUGGACCUCAAGACUACGUGCGAUCAAUCGCGCAUUGACUACUCUGACGACAGCAAUGACCAAGCUCUACCGUGAGCAUUAUCUGCAUUUCGAAAAAGCACGAAAGACAACGAAGAUUAUUGCGAGUUUGAAAGGAGAUCCGCAUCGACGGCACAACUUGGUGCUUUGGAUCCUAUGUCUCCACAGGCCGGCUCUCAGUCGAUCACGUGUGGACUACAAGGCCGAAAUCCCGCACUCGUAG